AUAGCUGAAUGUCCUGAAUCUUGCUGAAUCUUACUUCUCCAAUGGUGGAUUCUUUGUCGCUCUUGGGUUGUUGGUUGCCUCCAUCUCCUUGUCGAAUAUCAAACACCUUCUCUUUCACUCAGCAGUUGGCAUUGGCAUCCUCUUCUCAUAUAAAUUUGAGACGAAGCUUCGCCAUAGCUGGCAAACCUCACUCGAAGGAGGCGUUCAAAACAUUUUCAUGUCUAACCUCAGAAGAUGCCAAUUCCAUCAGUCAGGAGCCAGCGCGUUCUCGAAGAGGCGAAACUUUCGAGCAAUGGAACUCGAUGACGGCGAAGUUUUCCGGAGCUGCGAAUCUACCGAUUUUAUUGAUGCAGCUGCCGCAGAUCGUAUUGAAUGCUCGGAAUCUUCUGGCAGGGAACAAGUCUGCGCUUCUCGCCGUUCCUUGGCUGGGCGUGCUCACUGGAUUGAUUGCGAAUCUCUCUUUGUCGUUGUACUUUCUCAAUAAGAUGGAGAUCGAAACAAUGGCGGUGCAGACUGUGGGAGUCAUUUCUAGAUAUAUCGUUUUGCUGCAGCUCGCCAUGGCAGAAGCUAUGCCUCUUCUUCAGUUCAUUGUUGUUUCUGUAAUGGUUACAUUUGGUCUCAUUCUAAAUUUUCUGAAAUAUUUUGGUCUGCUUGAUGAGGAAAUCUGGCUCAUUUGGGAAGAUGCUGUUACAGUAAUCGGAUUCUCCACACUUCCUCAAGUCAUGUGGUCGACUUUCGUCCCCUACGUCCCUAACACUGUCUUACCUUCGAUAAUCUCAUUUGCUACUGCUCUUCUUGCUGUUGUUAUGCAUCGUAUGGGUAAGCUCUCCGAGAAAUUUGUGAAGUUUCUUGGAAUGGUGUCGGGAUGGACUGCCACUCUUCUUUUAAUGUGGAUGUCUGUUGCUCAAAUGUGGACAAAUCUCAUGAAUCCCGAAAAUAUAAAAGGUUUAUCAGCUGUCUCGAUGCUGCUGGCCUUGAUUGGCAAUGGACUUUUUAUCCCACGCUCUCUGUUCAUUCGCGAUUUAAUGUGGUUUGCCGGAUCGAAUUGGGUAUCCUUCUUCUACGGAUGGGGAAAUCUCGUAUGCUUGUACUGCUUCAACUGUAUCAGUAAAGAGUUCUUUUGGGCUUCAACUGUCGCUUUUCUUGCCUGGAUAGGAAUGGCGUUCUGGAAAGAUAUGGAAGCUCAUGGACUCAGUUCGCCUAUCGCUUCAUUGAAGGAGCUUAUUAUUGGUCCUUGACUGUCCUUCUUCAUGAGUUUCAGUAAAGAUCUCGGUGAAGCUGCUCGACACAAAAUGUUCGAGGAAUACUGCAGCUGCGCCAAGGCUGAAGGAUCGAUCAGUUCAACCGUUGCGAGCGCCAUAUCGAAUAAUAACAACAAAGGGGAGGAUAAUGGUAGCUUCAGCAUAAAUACAACCAGUAUCUUGGAAAUGGUUGAAGCUAUUAUUCUCAAAGGUCUGUAUUUUUAUUUUUAUUUUUAUUAUUUUAUUUUUUUUAGUUAUUUAUUUCUGUUUAUGGCAUAACAAAAUGUGAAAAUUAAAUGUUAUAACGGCAUGAGCAAAAUUGCAAUUACAAAUGCUCUGCUAGUGUUUUUGUGUUCAAUGAAGUAUCAGAUUUACCUUG